AUGGAGUUGACACUCUUGGUCCUGUGUGACAGGUCCCGCGCGGCUGCUGAGAUGGCCAAUGAGAAUCACGGCAGCCCCCGGGAGGAAGCAUCCCUCCUAAGUCACUCUCCAGGCACCUCCAAUCAGAGUCAGCCCUGUUCUCCAAAGCCAGUUCGCCUGGUACAGGACCUCCCAGAGGAGCUGGUACAUGCAGGCUGGGAGAAGUGCUGGAGCCGGAGGGAGAGCCGCCCCUACUACUUCAACCGAUUCACCAACCAGUCCCUGUGGGAGAUGCCUGUGCUGGGCCAGCACGAUGUGCUCUCGGACCCUUUGGGGCUGAAUGCAACCCCCCUACCCCAAGACUCAAGCUUGGUGGAAACUCCCCCAGUGGAGAACAAGCCCAGAAAGCGGCAGCUCUCGGAAGAGCAGCCAAGUGGCAAUGGUGUAAAGAAACCCAAGAUUGAAAUACCUAUGACACCCACAAGCCAGUCGGUGCCCAGUUCCCCCAGCAUACCAGGAACCCCAACACUAAAGAUUUGGGGUGCAUCUACUGAAGAUAAACAGCAAGCAGCUCUCCUCCGACCCACUGAGGUGUACUGGGACCUGGACAUCCAGACCAAUGCUGUCAUCAAGCACAGGGGCCCUUCAGAGGUCCUGCCCCCACACCCUGAGGUCGAGCUGCUCCGCUCUCAGCUCAUCCUGAAGCUACGCCAGCACUACCGGGAGCUGUGCCAGCAGCGGGAGGGCAUUGAGCCACCCCGAGAAUCUUUCAAUCGUUGGAUGCUGGAGCGCAAAGUUGUAGACAAAGGAUCUGACCCCCUGUUGCCAAGCAACUGUGAACCAGUUGUGUCACCUUCCAUGUUUCGUGAAAUUAUGAAUGACAUUCCCAUCAGGUUAUCCCGAAUCAAGUUCCGGGAGGAAGCCAAACGGCUGCUCUUUAAAUAUGCAGAGGCUGCCAGGCGGCUCAUUGAGUCCAGGAGUGCAUCCCCUGACAGCAGGAAAGUAGUCAAGUGGAAUGUGGAAGAUACCUUCAGCUGGCUUCGGAAGGACCACUCAGCCUCCAAAGAGGACUACAUGGACCGCCUGGAGCAUCUGCGGAGGCAGUGUGGGCCCCAUGUCUCUGCUGCAGCUAAGGACUCUGUGGAAGGCAUCUGUAGCAAGAUCUACCACAUCUCCCUGGAGUAUGUUAAACGGAUCCGAGAGAAGCACCUUGCCAUCCUCAAGGAAAACAACAUCCCAGAGGAGGUGGAGGCCUCAGAGUUGGAACCCCGCCUGGUGUACUGCUACCCAAUUCGUCUGGCUGUGUCCGCACCCCCCAUGCCUAGUGUGGAAAUGCACAUGGAGAAUAGUGUGGUCUGCAUCCGGUAUAAGGGAGAGAUGGUCAAGGUCAGCCGCAGCUACUUCAGCAAACUGUGGCUCCUGUAUCGCUAUAGCUGUGUUGAUGACUCUGCCUUUGAGAGGUUCCUGCCUCGAGUCUGGUGUCUUCUCCGUCGAUACCAGAUGAUGUUUGGUGUGGGCCUGUAUGAGGGGACUGGCCUGCAGGGAUCACUGCCUGUACAUGUCUUCGAGGCCCUCCACCGACUCUUUGGCGUCAGUUUCGAGUGCUUCGCCUCACCCCUCAACUGCUACUUCCGUCAGUACUGUUCUGCCUUCCCGGACACAGAUGGCUACUUUGGCUCCCGCGGGCCCUGCCUGGACUUCGCCCCGCUGAGUGGUUCCUUUGAGGCCAACCCUCCGUUCUGCGAGGAGCUCAUGGAUGCUAUGGUCUCUCACUUUGAGAAACUGCUGGAGAGCUCACCAGAGCCCUUGUCCUUCAUUGUGUUCAUCCCGGAGUGGCGGGAGCCCCCCACACCAGCGCUCACCCGAAUGGAGCAGAGCCGCUUCAGACGCCACCAGCUGGUCUUGCCUGCCUUUGAGCACGAGUACCGCAGUGGCUCCCAGCACAUCUGCAAGAAGGAGGAAAUGCACUACAAGGCCGUCCACAACACGGCCGUGCUCUUCCUGCAGAACGACCCUGGCUUUGCCAAGUGGGGACCGACGCCAGAGCGGCUGCAGGAGCUCACCACUGCCUACAAGCAGUCGGGUCGCAGCCAUGGCUCCAGCUCUUCCUCAUCAUCCUCCUCAGAGGCCAAGGACCGGGACUCGGGUCGGGAGCAGGGCCCUAGUCGAGAGUCUCACCCCACUUAACAUAUCCUGCGGGGAGGAGGAGCCCCAGGGGUGCUGUUAUAGACUGCUGGAACUCAGUCCUCAGGGCUGAGCAGGCCCCAGGACACUCCCCUUGGGGUGGCAGCAGGACUUGGGCUGCCAGGGACAUAGGAAUAUUAUGGCUCUGCCAGGGCUCCCCCUCCCUGCUCACUCCCUCAGAUUCACCAAGUCCCUUGUAAAUAAGCCCAUGCCUUCCCAGCCCCACACUGACCCUGUUGCUGCCUUGUUUCAUUUGUAAAAGGAAAUACAGAAACUCCCCAAGAGUGUGUGAGGGUCUUGGGGCAGUUGCCUCUGUGACCACUCCCUACCACAUCUAGGUGUCCCUUUAUUAAGAUCCCUAGAUUUUCAUACUCAUCCCUGGGUCCUUGCAGGUCUGAGUCCCUAGAGGCUUCUGAGCUCAGCAGGUUGGAGGAGUCCAGAGUCCUACAGCUGAGCCUGCCUGGAUAGCUCUGGGCCCUGCCUAAACCAGACUCACAGGCUAACUGCUUUACAGUCAAGGCCCAAGAGGAAGUAUAUAGCCUCAUAGGUAUAGUACCUGCCCUUUCAGGUCCUGGAGACAGGGAGCCCAUGGAGAAAGCACGGUUCUCUUUAGCUCAGUCAUUUCCUGGGGUCAGGUUGGUUGGGCCUGUACUGGACCACUGGAACAGGUGGGUCAGCUGACUGUGGAGUCAGGUAGCCUCCACUUGUUGAGACAUCUGCCUGCUUUCCUGCCCUUACCUGGUUCAGGUUAUUAGCAUGUAUACAAAGAGAGCUACAAGGGCUGGACUCUGGUCCUUUUAUUGAGACUGAGGAGCCAGUGGGUCCAUCCAAACAAAAAUAAAUUUCUCUCCCAAAGCCUGCCAGCAGGCUGAAGCACCCAGCAUAUCCUGGCUGGGGCCCAUGGCUGCCCCUCCACCCCCACCCCAAGAGCCCUUUGGAAUCAAGGGAUACUGAUUAUCCAGUAUCUGGAGGCCCUAAGUAGGACAGGAAAGUCCCCAGUCUCCAGGAGAGCUGGCCCCAAUAUCCAAGAUCAGCGUUGGGCUUUUGAGGCUCAAUCAUCCGUGAUGGUAAUGACGUCGUACUCGAUGCCCUGGUGUUGCAGCUGUUGGAUGUGUUCAGGCACUGCUUCCUCAGUGCCAAAUAGGCCCUGGACUUGGGCCAUGGCAGCAUCAGCCACUGCUGCCAGAGGAGGGAAAAACACAGUAAGCCUGAGGCUCCAGGAGCUGGGUCUGGCCUCAGCUUCCUGGCUGUCAGUGUUCAGCCCCAUCUAUACCUGUAACAGCAGAAUGUGCUGCAGCCUCAAGCUGAGCCUGGGUGACAAGCUGCUGGCCUGGGGACACAGGUACAUACUGGAUCUGGAGAAAGAAGUCAGUUAGAAUAUAGUCCCACACAGGUGCCUCACUACCCCAGCUCUGCCUGUUCCUCCAGAUAACAUACCUGGGAUUCCUGCAGGAAUGGGGUACCUUGCUCAUACUGGAUGUGUGUGAUCUGGCCCUCCUGGACCUGGAGAUAGGAAGCUGGCCAGUGAUCCUAGAAAGAGGCUGGGUGGCCUUCCUCCAAACCUCACCUUGCCCCAGACCUGGCCUACCUGGAUAUGAUGGCCAUCAGGGACCACAACAUACUCCUGAGGCAGUAGAUGCUGGACGCCGUCCUGAGAGAUGAUAUACUGAACCUAAGAAAGAGGACAAGGCAGAUUCUAGGGCUCCACUCAAUAGGAGCUGAGGUAAGUGGGCAGAGUAGAAGACACAACUGUGGAUACUGGCCCAGGUAGUCUGGAAACUUGUGUUCUAAGGGGGGGGGCCUAGGUGGGCAAGGAGACAGGAGUUUACCUGGUUGUCAGAGGUGACCAGGUGCUGCACUGUCUGGCCAUCUGCCGUGGUGAUUUCCUGGAUGUAGGCCGCUUCCUCCUGUUAAGACCAAGCCCAACUUAGCCCCAGUUCUUUUAUUUAUUCAUGUGUUCUGUGUUGUGUUUUUUGGUGCGUAUGUCUCCACCUGCCCGGAGGCCAGACAGUCAGACAGGGUGUCAAGCAUUGUUCUUCACCACUUUUUUUUUUCCUGCCUGUUCUGUGGAGGCAGGGUCUCUUCAUGAACCUGAAGUUCUUCACUGGAAGCCACACAAACCCCAGAGGUCCUCUUGUCUCUACCCUCCUUGGAGCUGGACUUCUAGGAGUGCAAGAGCUGGCCAGACUUGUAACAUGGUGGGAGCUGGGAUCUAAACUCUGCUCCUUAUGAUGGUGCAAGGCUUCUAACCCUAACUCUGAGCCACCUCUCAGUUCUGUCUGUCCCAUCCUCUCUGCAGGGGCUCCAGACUUUGCUUACCUGAUUGGUCACUGUCUGUUCCUGGGCCACAAAGAUGUGUUCCUGGCUCAGUGCCUGCUGUAACCGCUCUGGACCUAGGACACCAUGACUGGACUGGAUGGCAGCUGGGCAGAGAGGAGGGGCUCAUUAGGGGGUUCAGGGAAAACUUGAAUGCCUCAUCCCUGGGGUUCCCUUGUGCUGUGGUUCUAGCCUUUGGACCAGAGGCCCACCCUGUGGCCCAGGGUAGCUCACUGUGCAGUGUGGUCAGUGUUUCCUCUUCACUGUUGAGGAUGAUGGUCUGGGCUGGGGCUCGGGCUGUAGAACCCCCAGUCUUUCUCCCUUCACUGCUAUGUAGCCUCUGGAUGUGAAAUUUGAGGUGCCCAUUCCGGUUGAAACUGAGGAGGGAAGAACAGGUA